AUGCGCGAGAUUAAGGACAAGGUUCUACGCAAAACACUUGUUAACAUGGGUUACACAUUGACGGAGGCUUCAUUUAAUUAUUAUCACGGAGAAAUCAGAAGAUCCAACACUGAGGCUUUAAAUUGGAUAGACAAUAUUCCUAGGGAGAAGUGGGCUAGAGCAUUUGACAGAGGGCAAUAUUGGGGACAUAUGACAUCUAACUUAGCAGAAGCAAUAAACUCUGUACUAAAGGCCACGAGAAACCUUCCCAUCAUUGCAUUGGUCCUACCUACGUAUUAUCGAAUGGGUUCACUAUUUGGUAAACGAGGACACAAAUGGACCAAGAUGCUAUCUUCAGGGAAAGUUUUCACAGAUGGUUGUAACAAGGGAAUGGCUGAGGAGGUAGCCAAGGCUAACACACACAACGUCAUGCAAUUUGAUCGGGAAAGAUUCUGUUUCAUGGUGCAGGAAAAGAUUAAUUACAACGAUGGUCGUCCAACGGGUACUUUCAGCGUUGACUUGAGGAAUCGUAAGUGUGACUGUGGAAAAUUUCAAACAUUUCACUUGCCUUGCUCCCACGUGAUAGCGGCAUGUUCUAGCAUACGACAAUACUAUGCAAUUCACAUUCCCGAGGUCUUCACAGUACUUAACGUAUUUAAGGUUUACAAGGAAAGCUUCCUGGGACUACCACACGAGGAGAACUGGCCAAAAUAUGAAGGUUUCACUCUGUGCCACGACGAUUCAAUGAGAAGAAAUAAAAAGAGGCGUCCAAGAAGUAGUAGAAUUAGAACUGAGAUGGAUGACGCAGAAAAAGAGAAGAGACGGUGUGGGAUUUGCAGAGAAAUAGGUCAUAUGCGUAGUAAAUGUCCCAAUGUUGCCGGUCCGUCAAACCGACCGAAUAGAUAA